GAGGAACCCACUCACCAUCCCGAUCCACCUCCUGGGCAAACCACCCAGGUGCGGUGGGGAUGGCAGAAGCCACUAGUUUCUUCACUAAUGGCACAAUACAACAAAGAAAAACACACAAACCCAAAAGAAUAGUAAGGGGGGGCAGAGAGGUGGAACAGCGCAGUUUACCACCCUGAAAUGGAAAACCAGGACCUCCUCUGCAAAUGCAACAAGUUAUUCAGGUGUGCAACAACAUGUGUCAUAUUGAUCUCGUUGGUCAGCUUCCUCAUCAGCGUGGCCAUGGCACGGUACCACAUGUCCUCUAGCUGCGCCGUCGUGUUGGUCGUGUAAACAGCAGACCUCCUCACCAGGCGGUGAGGUGUAUUUGCCGCAUCAGAAUUGUGGUCAGGAGGAGGUGAGAUUUUCGUGCUGUUGGCCUGUGAUGUGUGGUCGUGCAGGCUCUCCAACAGCAGCAGAAUCAACCCCGCCCCUAUGGAGAUGACCAGCAGGACGCUGGUCGCCACCCUUAGACCGCAUCCGAGCCACCUAAGGGGAUGGUACGGCCGUGGCCUCUCGAUCAGGUACAUGGCGUGCGUGUGGAUCAGAUGAAGGUAGGUGUGUGUGAGCUGAUGUGAAUCCAGCAGCAUGGAUCAGUGUGAGGGCAGAGAGGAGGGAGUCAUUCCGUCCAAAACCUCCCCGAGGGGAAAACCUGAGAGUCGGAGAGAAGAAAAGAGGAGACAACGUCGUCUUGGACCUGGAUCUGAACCUGGACCUGUACCUGGACCUGGACCUGAACCUGGACCUGAACCUGGACCUGAACCUGGACCUGGACCUGGCCCUGGACCUGGACCUGGACCUGGACCUGGACCGGGACCUGAACCUGGACCUGGUCCCAGCUGUGUUUCCUUGAAGAGUGAUGCAUCAAAGUAUUUAUUUUUCACUUUUAAAGAUGCUCCUGGUUUUCCUUCAGAGAGAGAGGACCAGCAGAUCUCAGAGUCCCCCAGCGGUCCGUCUGUUCAGCAGCAUCAGACCCAGCUGGACUCCAUCUUUCAGAUGCUGGAAGACGACGUCAUCAUGUUUGUGAAGGACGAGCUGAAGAAGAUCCUGAAGGUUCUGAGUCCAGAUUACCCAGAAUCCUCAGAGAGUCUGGAGGAGGAUGAAGAUGAAGAGCAGAAGAGCAUCAGAGAGACAUUCAUGAAGAUCACAGUGAAGUUCUUGAGGAGGAGGAAGCAGGAGAAGCUGGCUGACCUCCUGCAGAGCAAUACCGUUGAUACCGUUUGUCAAUCCAAACUCAAAGGUCAGCUGCAGAAGAAGCACCAGCAUGUGUUUGAGGGGAUCAUUAAAGCAGGAAACCCAACCCUUCUGGAGCAGAUCUACACGGAGCUCUACAUCACAGAGGGAGGGGCCGGAGAGGUCAACGAUGAACAUGAAGUCAGACAGAUUGAAGCAGCUUCCAGGAAACCAGAAGGAGCAGAAACAGCCAUCAGACAGGAAGACAUCUUUAAACCCCCACCUGGAAGAGGAGGACCAAUCAGAACGGUGAUGACGAAAGGAGUGGCCGGCAUCGGGAAAACACUCCUAACACAGAAAUUCAGUCUGGACUGGGCUGAAGGCAGAACCAACCAGGACAUCCAGUUCCUGCUUCCAUUCACCUUCAGACAGCUGAAUGUGCGGAGAGAGGAGAAGUUCAGCUUGGUGGAACUAGUUCAUCGAUUCUUCUCUGAAACCAGAGGAAUCUGCAGCUUUGAAGAGUUCCAGGUGGCGUUCAUCUUUGAUGGUCUGGAUGAGAGUCGUCUUCCUCUGGACUUCCACAACAACAAGGUCCUUACUGAUGUUACAGAGUCCACCUCAGUGGAUGUGCUGCUUACAAACCUCAUCAGGGGGAACCUGCUUCCUUCUGCUCGUCUCUGGAUCACCACACGACCCGCAGCAGCCAAUCAGAUCCCUCCUGAGUGUGUCUCCAUGGUGACAGAAGUCAGAGGGUUCGCUGACCCACAGAAGGAGGAAUACUUCAGAAAGAGGUUCAGGAACAAGAAGCAGAGCAGCAGGAUCAUCUCCCACAUCAAGACAUCCCGGAGCCUCCACAUCAUGUGCCACAUCCCAGUCUUCUGCUGGAUCACUGCUACGGUCCUGGAGAACGUUUUGGAGAACGUCCUGGAAACCAGAGAAGGAGGGGGGCUGCCCAAGACCCUGACUGAAAUGUACAUCCACUUCCUGGUGGUCCAGGCCAAACUGAAGAAGGUCAAGUAUGACGGAGGAGCUGAGACGGAUCCACACUGGAGUCCAGAGAGCAGGAAGAUGGUGGAGUCUCUGGGAAAACUGGCUUUUGAACAGCUGCAGAAAGGAAACCUGAUCUUCUAUGAACCAGACCUGAGAGAGUGUGGCAUCGAUGUCAGAGAGGCUUCAGUGUACUCAGGAGUGUUCACCCAGAUCUUUAGAGAGGAGAGCAGCCUGUACCAGGACCAGGUCUUCUGCUUCAUCCAUCUGACUGUUCAGGAGUUUCUGGCUUCUCUUCAUGUCCAUCAGACCGUCAUCAGCUCUGGAGUCAACCUGCUGGAAGAUCAACGAACAACUCAACGUUCUUCAACCGGUUUCUAUCAAACAGCUGUGGACAAGACCUUACAGAGUCCAAACGGACACCUGGACUUGUUCCUGCGCUUCCUCCUGGGUCUUUCAGUGGAGACCAAUCAGAACCUCCUACGAGGUCUAAUGACAUCAAACCAAAGAAGUUCACAGAACAAUCAGGAAACAGUUGAAUACAUCAAGAAGAAGAUCAGUGAGGAUCUGUCUGCAGAGAGAAGCAUCAACCUGUUCCACUGUCUGAAUGAACUGAACGAUCAGUCUCUGGUGGAGGAGGUCCAAGAGUCCCUGAGGUCUGGACGUCUCUCCAGAGAUAAACUGUCUCCUGCUCAGUGGUCGGCUCUGGGCUUCAUCUUACUGUCAUCAGGAGAAGAUCUGGAGGUGUUUGACCUGAAGAAGUUCUCAGCUUCAGAGGAGGCUCUACGGUGGCUGCUGCCGGUGGUCAAAGCCUCCAAGAAAGUUGUACUGAGUGGCUGUCACCUCUCAGGGAACAUCUGUCCAGUUCUGUCCUCAGUUCUCAGCUCUCAGUCCUCCAGUCUGACAGAACUGGACCUGAGCAACAACGACCUGCAGGAUUCUGGACUGGAGCAGCUAUGUCCUGGACUGGAGAGUCCACACUGUAAACUGGAGUCUCUCAGGCUGUCAGGCUGUCUGAUCUCAGAGGAAGGAAGUUCUUCUCUGGUCUCAGCUCUGACCUCCAACCCCUCCCACCUGAGAGAGCUGGACCUGAGCUACAACGAUCCAGGGGAUUCAGCAGGGAAGCUUCGGUCUGGACUGGAGGAUCCCCGCUGGAGACUGGACACUCUCAGGGUGGAGCCUGCUGGACAACGAUGGUUAACACCAGGACUGAGGAAGUAUUCCUGUCAACUCACCAUCGACACAAACACAGUCCACAAGAACAUCAAACUGUCUGACAACAACAGGGAGAUGACACUUGUGGGGGAGGAUCAGUCAUAUCCUGAUCAUCCAGACAGGUUUGAUGAUGAUGAUCUUCCUCAGCUGCUGUGUAGAGAAGUUCUGACGGGUCGCUGUUACUGGGCGGUCCAGUGGAGUGGAAAUGUUUCUGUAUCAGUGAGUUACAGAAGAAUCAGCAGGAGAGGAAACUCUGAUGACGGUUGGUUUGGAGGAAACGAUCAUUCCUGGAGUCUGGACUGUUAUCCAGGUGGUCAGUACCGUGUCUGUCACAAUAACAGUGGAACAUCCGUCACCUCCUCACAUCCGUCUUCAGACUGUGGCAGAGCAGCCGUGUACGUGGACGUUCCUGCUGGAACUCUGUCCUUCUAUGAAGUCGUCUCUGACAGACUGAUCCACCUCCACACCGUCAACACCACCUUCACUGAACCUCUCUGUGCUGGAUUUGGACUCUGGCCCUGGUUUGGUUAUUGUUCCUCAGUGUCUCUGUGUCCAGUUUAGUCUCCAGAGUCUCCUGUCAGAGAAACUGUCUCUGUUGGAUCCUGGACUUGGACUCUGGUUCUGGUUCUUCAGAGUCUCCAUGAUGAUGACGAUGAUAAUGAUGAUGAUGAUGAAGGUGAUGAUUAUGAUGAAGGUGAUGAUGAUGAUGAAGGUGGUGAUGAUGGUGAUGAUGAUGAUGACGAUGAUGAUGAUGAUGAUGGUGAUGAUGAUGAAGAAGGUAAUGAUGAUGAUGAUGAUGAUGAUGAAGAAGGUAAUGAUGAUGAUGAUGAUGAUGAUGAAGUUGAUGAUGAUGAUGAAGGUGAUGAUGAUGAUGAUGAUGAUGAUGAUGAUGAUGAUGAUGAUGAUGAUGAUGAUGAUGAUGAUGAUAAUAGCCGUUAACCUUUAGUUUUUUGGUUUAUUGUAUUUUUAUUUGAUCUUUUUCACAUUUAAACAUUAAAUAAUUUACUGGACAGUUGAUAUUUGAUCAUAAA